CAGCAGUGGAAAGUAGGUUAGGGGAUCCCUGCGUGGCGGCGGUCGGUGGUCGGCGGGGGAACGGCUGGGACGGCCACCGGAGCCGGUGACAGCGCCAGUUUGGGCAGCCGGGGGACAGCCGCAUCGCGGCCCGUCAUCCUCACCCUAUUAUCCAAUGGCAGACCAAAAUAUGGACAUAUCCUCGACAAUAAAUGAUUUUAUCUCGACCGAUCCAACAGGAUUGCUAUCAGGCUCCUUGGGCACAGCAGCUAUGGACUUCAACAGGAAAAGGAAAGGAAGUUCCACAGAGUAUCAGGACAGUAUGGAGACAGACAAAGAAGACCAGCAUAGCAGGAUGGAAUGUACGGACCAACAUGGGAGAGUGAAAAAUGCCAGGGAGGCUCACAGCCAGAUUGAAAAGCGGCGGCGGGAUAAGAUGAACAGCUUCAUUGAUGAGUUGGCAUCAAUGGUGCCAACGUGCAACGCCAUGUCUAGGAAACUGGACAAGCUUACUGUGCUUAGGAUGGCUGUACAGCACAUGAAGACCCUUCGAGGAGCUACCAAUGCCUACACAGAAGCCAACUACAAACCUGCUUUUCUGUCCGACGAUGAGCUGAAGCAUCUCAUCCUCAGGGCAGCUGACGGAUUUCUUUUCGUUGUGGGCUGUGACAGAGGAAAGAUACUUUUUGUAUCUGAAUCAGUCUUCAAAAUCCUCAAUUACAGCCAGACUGAUCUGAUUGGUCAGAGCCUGUUUGAUUACCUUCACCCAAAGGACAUUGCAAAAGUGAAAGAGCAGCUCUCCUCAUUUGACAGUGCCCCAAGGGAGCGGCUAAUAGACGCCAAAACGGGUUUGCCAGUGAAGACGGACAUAACUCCAGGACCCACUCGGUUGUGCUCAGGAGCCAGGCGCUCCUUCUUCUGCCGGAUGAAGUGCAACAGACCGUCAGUCAAGGUGGAGGACAAGGAUUUCUCUUCAAACUGCUCCAAGAAAAAAGCUGACCGCAAAAGUUUCUGUACAAUCCACAGCAGUGGUUACCUGAAGAGCUGGCCCCCGACAAAGAUUGGGUUGGAUGAGGACAAUGAGGCCGACAAUCAAGGCUGUAGCCUGAGCUGCCUUGUUGCCAUUGGCCGCCUACACCCCCACAUUGUCCCACAGCCAGUCGGCAGUGAGAUCAGAGUGAAGUCGACGGAGUACGUUUCCCGGCAUGCAAUAGAUGGCAAGUUCGUCUUUGUGGAUCAGAGGGCAACAGUGAUUCUGGGAUAUUUGCCGCAAGAGUUGCUUGGGACCUCUUGUUAUGAAUAUUUCCACCAAGAUGAUAUCGUGCACCUUGCAGAGUGCCACCGACAAGUAUUACAGAGCAGGGACAAGAUCACCACCAGCUGCUAUCAGUUCAGGAUCAAAGAUGGUUCCUUCAUCACUCUACGCAGUCACUGGUUCAGCUUCCUGAACCCAUGGACCAAGGAAGUCGAAUAUAUUGUUUCCACAAACACCGUUGUCUUUACCAGCUCUCUGGACAGAGGCGACUCGGCCAAUCUGCCUCUCGCCAACACUCCUCCCAACAUGGACAGUGUGCUGCAGACCAGAGAAGCCAGUUCAAAGCGCACUGUCACCGCUGUUCCCGGCAUUCCUGGGGGGACCCGUGCUGGAGCGGGGAAAAUCGGUCGGAUGAUAGCUGAAGAAGUCUUGGAGCUACAAAGGAUUAGAGGAUCAUCCCCUUCGAGCUGUAGUUCCAGUCCUCUUAACGUGACCAGCACGCCACCCCCUGACACGGUGUCGCCAGUUGGCAAGAAAAUGGUGAAUGGGGGAACACCAGAUGUUGCCAGUACUGGCAUUCUGCCUGGGCAGAUGACGGAAAGCACAGGAUAUCCGUACACAGACAGCUCCUCACUGCUCAGUGGCAGUUGUCAGCUGGGUGUGGACGUGAUCGAGGAUCGUUCAGCGAGCAGUCCCAGCAACGAUGAGGCAGCCAUGGCAGUAAUUAUGAGUCUUUUGGAGGCCGACGCUGGGUUAGGAGGCCCGGUUGAUUUCAGCGACUUACCUUGGCCCCUCUGAUGGGUU